CGACGACCCGCGCACCGUCACUUCUUCGUGAAAGCGACGGCAGCCUCAGCAGCUCUGCGUGGGUGUGUGCCCCGCUGCUGCUCGCCGUAUCCGCGCUGGCGUACACCACUCUGGGCUGA